CUUUCAUUCUAGAGGUCAAUUUGGAAAAAUACAUGUCGUGAUAGUUCCUAACUUCUAUUCAAAAGAAUAACUUGUAGCUUUUUGCGACAAACAUUGCAUGUGUAAUAUUAUGCGUAAUUAUGCUUUUCAAUGAGGCGUAACAAUCUGGAAUGAUUUUAUUGAAGGAUUAAACAGUUAACACUUAACAGCUACGCUCACUUGCUGCUAACUCUCCUUCAGAAGUAGACGUGGUGGAAGGGUCAAAUUGUGGAUUCAGAAUGGCUAAUAUUCGUCUCGUGAAAGCGUUCGCACUUCUCGCAUUUGCUUGUUUGUAUGCUUGCGAUAUGGGUGCAGAAGCUUUUGGUAACUCAACAUCAAAUAUAACAAAUGAAACUAAACCUGAACAUAAGUAUGACAAGUGCUACGAGGAUCGACUUACCAAAUACCCAUGUUCAAGUACUAUUAUUGGGAACUUCCUCCUGAUUGUUUUCUAUGGGGCAUUGUUGAUGGUUGCUGCAAAACUGAUUUCAGAGGGUGCUGAGUUGUUGCUGGAUCUUGGGCUACCUGCAGGGCUGAUUGGUGGUAUUGUUUUGCCUUUGCUUGGAGCUGUACCAGAUUCUGCUAUUAUCAUCGUUUCCGGCUUGAAACCAGACGCACAGAACCAAUUAUCUGUUGGUAUGGGAACACUGGCUGGAUCUACUAUUAUGUUGUUGACAAUUGCGUGGGGAGGCAGUUUGUUCCUCGGAAGAUGUGACUUGGAUUCUAAAGGCGAAGCAAUUGAAGAGACUGGGGAAGGAGUUCAUUGUACGAAACAGGGAGUAACUCUUCUUCCUUCUGUACCGAAAUCGGCAAUCAUCAUGCUUAUUACCUCGCUUCUUUACCUCAUUGUUCAAAGUGCUGACUGGCACUGGGGUCCCAAGAAGUAUCCUCCUCGUGAUAAACAUCAACCGAAGUAUGUGAGAGAUGCUGCGUUGGCCACCUUAAUCUUCUGUAUCAUUUGUUUCUUUGCCUAUCUUAUAUUCCUGGUGUACGACAGCAAAACUGCAGAAUUGAGAGCUUUGAAACACAGGCAGGAGGAGAUUCGUCGUCGCGUCGUUCAUCGUUUCUAUGGCAUUGCUAAUCGCAACAUUUUCGGAGGAGCUCGCGGGGACGAUACUGAUGGUGAACCAGAAGAUCCAGAGGCUCAGAAGCAAGCUUCAAUUGGCUUACAGAAGAAAUAUUUCGCCACCUGGCAGGUUGCAAAGGAUAUCCCAGAUAAACCACCGUCAGAAAAAGACCCUAUCAUAAACAAGGAGGCUGAGAGCGAACUCGAGGAGGUAAGGGAAAAUUAUUUCACGUUAUCAUUUUAAAUGCCACUGUUGACC